AAUAAAAAAAAUUAUCGCUGUCACUUGUCAGCGGUGAUGGUGCUAACAGCACCAAGCAGUUCAUCCAUAUGUGUAGUAGAGCGUAUGGGUGUAGAUGCGCAAGUUUUUUUAGAUGAAAAAGGGAGUACUGAAGCUCUUCCCGUUAUCUCUCACAGCCGUCCCGGGCCCCCCAACGGUGGCCUGUGGACUAUUUAGGUGGGAGGUUAUCUCCUAAAGUCCUUUCUGUUUCUCGGUUUGGCUUGCUGCCAGUAGCUGACGUUUCGAAGCAGAAUGUGGACGAACUCCGCAUCGUCCUCGUCGAUGAAGCCUUGUUGUCCUCAUUCAUUCGAUUCGCACAGGCCGCUGCCUGCCGGUGACUGAAAAGCCGAGCAAGGGAAGUGCGCCUCGCCGGCUGCGCAGUACCCUGAUUGCCUGAUUGCCGUGCUGUGCUGCACGCUGGAGGACGGCUUGUUUGGCAUAAGAGGAUCAAGAUUUUGCGGAUGAUUCGUUCGCACGCCGGAAGCGGCUUGCUGAAAGGUGAGAACACCGGUGCGAGCAGUCAGAGAGUGGCGUGCCACGUGGAUCUACGUGUGCUUUCCUGCGUGCCCGACCGACGGCAAUCGUGACCUGUGUGUGCGUGUGCUGUCGACCAUUGUACGUUGCCCGUGCCCGGGAGCGGCGGACACACGAGUGUCGACAAUUCCGGUCGCGGCUCACUGCUGGAUGGAGCGGGCGGGCGCUGCGCACACCUGCUACGUUUGCCUGAAUGCCUUGCCGCAGCCAACAGCGCCGAUCCCUUCUCGCCGGAGCCAUCCUCGCACGCUUACUAACACCCUGUGGCGGUCACUGCCGUCGGUCGUGGUACUGCUGGUUAUUCUGCUGCUAGUAUUGGUCGUGAGCAUGGCGAUGCUCUCAGGCCGCAGUAUCCCUGCCGUUAGUGGGCAAACUCAGGCUAUGGCGCGGAGCAGACGAAGUGUAUCCGAGCAAACAACUGAGGGCACAGUCAGCCGCAAAGAUAUCGAUGUCAGGAAAUGCUACUCGAAAGAUCUGCAAGGCGUUAAUCGCUGGCUGAACAACAGCAAGAUAGGACUUUUCCCGGUCCUGGACAACUACACUCAAAACGUGCUCAGACGCUGGAGGAGUGGGGUGGGCAAGAAGAGAAGGCAGGCGAGGAGGAGACAGUUCGAGCUGUGCGAAGUGCUGCGGCAAUGGUCCGUGUUUUUGCGCAUAUGUACGUGUGUGUGUGUGCACGCGUUCCGGUGUGCGUGCGUACGUGCAAUGCUAUCUCCCGCUGCAGACGUUCGCCACCAUCUGGAGUGUCCCCAUGACCAAUGGAACCUUACCCGUCUCAAUGGCUCUAGGCAGCACGCGUUCUAUAAACUUCACAGUCGCCAGCUCUCACAACCAGUAGUCAUGGGGAUCAGAAUCCAUACGCGUCUUCGCACGUUUUUUCUUUCCAACCAAGGUGCAACCAGCGAUUUUCGGAAGCUUCUCAAGAAGGUGAUGAAGAAAACGUCGGGUGCAUCUCCAACCACUCGACUGCGGCAGUGUGAGUGUCCUGUGUCCAUGACGACAGCGUCGGUUAAUACAACCGCUCUCCCUAGACGAAACACUUCUCACGCACCACCAUUGACGGGGAAUUUGACCGCCGAGUCGCCCAAGACAACGCGUUUGCCUUUGAACACAACACAGCCGCCCUCGAGAAAUGCCUCGGUGCCGCAACCACCACCAACACCUUUGCCUCCGCCGAUACUACAGCCGUCGCAUCUGCCACCGCCGCAACGCAGACCUACAGCAUUGCCGCAAACACCACCACCACACGAUGUCUGCCCCCCAUCGCAGCCCGGCGCGUCUGUGUUCCGCACUCCUCUGACUUCAAAUUGUGGCAGCUGUUCAGCUGACAGCACCAUCUUCUUCUGUGAUCCGGCGGAAACAGAGAGAGCAGUCAUCACUGAAGUCCACAGGUAGUCCCGGAGAAUAUUCCAUCGGACUGUGGCAGAAGUGGAGGUGACCCUGCCGGAGCAAUGGACAUCAAGUUCACCGUCCAAGUGACCUGCUGCAACGACGAGGCUAGCUAUGAGUGCACUCUCACUUGUGCAGACCAGGAACUCUCUCUCAAUGUGAUGGAUUGUGAUGGAUUGUGAUGGGUUGCUAGUGACGUCAGACAAGAACACCUUGCAAUAAACGUGCACCGCGUCAUGUUCCCUUGUACAGAGGCCAAGAACGCCAGCACGCCCCAACUCCAAGGCAUCGCCGCACAUGCCGGCCAUGGAUGACCAACGCGCGCCGAACCGCGGACGACAGCAAGCAGGCGAGUUGCUGCGUCCGGAACGGCACCUACGGGACACCAGAGGGCAAGGACACCAGCACGCCUCCAACUCCAAGGCAUCGCACAUGCCGUCCGUGGAUGACCGAUACACACCGCCACCGCGGAUGACGGCAAGCGGGCGAGUUCCUGCGCCCGUAACUGCAACUACAGGACAAGGCCCGGUUGGAGAUCACCAUGGCAACGACACACUGUCAGCACUGUGCUUAAGAACGCAGCCGGCGACGGCCGUGCACCUAUAGCUGUAGUGUGCACUAUAAACAGUCAGUCGCGGCCGAAAUAGUUCAUUGCCACCGUAUGCAGACCGAUUUAGUCACAUGGCGAGUGUCACUCAACUUCAGCCGUAGCCAGUCCAAUCCAGCUGUAAGCAGUCCAAUUCAGCCAUCAGCUGUCCAAUUCAGUCGUGGGCGGUUCAAUUCAGCCAUGGGCAGUCCGAUUCAGCCGUAAGCAGUCCAAAUCGGCCAUGGGCAGUCCGAUUCAGCCGUAAGCAGUCCGAUUCAGCCGUAAGCAGUCCAAACCAGCCAUGGGCAGUCCAAUUCAGCCGUGAGCAGUCCAAACCAACCGUGGGCAGUCCGAUUCAGCCGUAAGCAGUCCAAAUCAACCGUGGGCAGUCUAAUCCCACAGUGGGCCGCCCAAUUCCGCCGUAAACAGUCCAAUCAGCCGCAGACAACCCACUGCAAGGAUGGCGUAUUUGACAAACACUCCAUUGCCCGAAAGGCCUCAGGCAGCACUCCUACCCAGCGGGUGUCCGGAGUUCCGGGCCGCGUGUCCGCAUGCAAUGCUGUGCCGGCUGACACUCAGACUACAAGCAGAAUGGUGCACUGCGUAAAGGUAUCCUUUACAAGAGGAGGAAAGGGCAGCAGUCGCCCAAGAGA